AGCAUUACCAUGAAAACUGGGAAGAUUGUUUGUGUGAGCCCUGAUGCCAAGUGGGUGAAGAUUAUAAUUAGAUCCAGGAAAGGUUCCUGCUGACAUAAUAAAGAAUUGAAGCUGCAAAGGGAUUCAUUUGAUUGCCCCCUGGGAAAGUUGCUGUACAGUGAACACUGAAAUGAAGGAAGCUCCCUGAAGGGCAUUCACUUUCUGACAUCACUGUUCAAUAUGUUGUCUGAGCAGUUCCCCUGCAUUGAUUGUCUGAAACCUAAGCCAGUGGUUCAUCUGCUUAUACUGUAUCUGUCUACACAGUGCCUAAGUAAGCAGGCUGCUGUUGUGAAAUGUUGUGUAAAGCUGAAGGAUUUCUAUUCAUGGGAUGUAAUAUGUAUGAUUAUUCUGAAUGUGGUCUGACAGGGUUACUGGAUACUAUAUAACUGAAAGCAAUUUGUUAACUCUCUCCAUAAUAUUAGAAAAAAAUUUCCAAUAGUCAAAAGGUGCGAGUGGUAAAGGAAAUAUUAGCAGAAUUGUGAAUUUACACAAAUUUACACAUAAAUCAAACUGAAACAGAUCUGUUGGUUUUCAAAUGCUUUUGUUAUUAAGAUAAUUGUUACAGCUUUUUCAAUGAUCUGAUUUAUUGACUAUUAGUCAAUUAUUUUGCUCGGUUUGUGCAUCAUUGGCAAUGCCAACCACUUAGCCCCCCCAUUCCUUUAUGCAGAUGUCAAUGUGCUGGUAAGUGACUUUGUUGAACUGCUGCAGUCCUUGUGGCUGUGAGGAGUGGAGAGAUCUGAUAUUGAAAGAGAUGAUAGUGCAAGGCAAAACAGACAGCAAUGGGGCAAGUGAAGGGACAAGAGCUGUAUUGUGAGUAGGUGUAAAUGGGAAAAUACAGAACAGGGAACAAAUCGCUACCGUCCAACCGGAAGAUGGAUGGGCAGGGAUUGUGAUUGGAAACCAUUUACCAUCGUGUUGAUUCUGAAGGAGCUGAUUGGACCUGUCCUCAGCAGAACUUCAUUCAACAGAGAGAGUGACACUGAAGUAGACAGAAGAUCUUCAGCAAAAAUCUAUUCAGCAACAAAGUCAAAAAUGAACAGAGCAACAGCUGUACUGACUGCCAUCCUGCUCCUGUGUGCUAUUGCUGCACAAGGCAUUCCAAUCCCGGGUACUCAAGGACGGUGUCUGUGCCCUGAGAACCCCAGCUCCAUUUUUAUUCAUCCGAGAACCAUUCAGAGUUUGCAAUACAUUCCCAAAGGAUCAUACUGUGAGAAACAAGAGCUAAUCAUUACCAUGAAAACUGGGAAGAUUGUUUGUGUGAGCCCUGAUGCCAAGUGGGUGAAGAUUAUAAUUAGAUCCAAGAAAGGUUCCAGACGACAUAACUAAGAAUUGAAACUGUGAUGGGAUUCACUUGAUUGCCCCCCCAUGGAAGUUGCUGUACAGUGAACACUGAAAUGAAGAAGCCCUGUGCAGGGCAUUCACUUUCUGAUAUCACUGUUCAAUAUGUUGUUCGAGCAGUUCCCCUGUAUUGAUCCUCUGAAACAUACUUCAUUGAUUAACCUACAUACACUGUAAUUGUAAUUGUCUACACAGAGCCUAAGAAAUCCAGCUGCUGUUGUGAAAUGUUGUGCCGUGCUGGAGAGCUUCUUUUUACAGGAUGUGAUUUGUACGAUUAUUCUGAAUGUGGUCUGGCACUGGAGCAGAUACUGUACAACUGAAAGCAAUUUGUUAACUUUCUCCAUUAGUAUUGGAAAAUAAUUUCUGAUCAUCAAAGGUGCAAUUAGACAAGGAAAUAUUAGUAUGCUUGUGAACUUAGGGAAGAAUCAAACUAAAACAGAUCUGUUGGUUAUCAAAUGCUUUUGUUAUUAAGAUAAUUGGUACCGUUUUUUAAUAAUUUGACUUAUUGACUAUUAGUAAAUUAUUUAAUUAAAUUUGUGCAUCGCUGCCAAAGCCAGCACUUAUCCCCCAUUCCUUUAUGCACAUGUGAAUGUGCUGGUAAGCGACUUUGUUGGACUGUUGCAAGCUUUAUAGCUCUGAAGAGAGGAGAGAUCUGAUUGCAAAAAGGUUGAGAGCACAAGGCAAAAUAUAUGGGGCAAGUGAAGGAACAAGAACUUUGUUUAUGGAGUUGUAAAUGGGAAAAUACAGAACGGCGAACAAAUCGCUACAGGGAUUGUGAUUGGAAACUGUUUAACAUUGUGUUGAUUCUGGAGGCAAUAAAGUGCCCUCUCACAAAGUUGUUAUAAUAUUUCUUGAGCAAAUGCUACGCUCUAUUGGAACAAUCCAGGAGAAUAUGGAGAUCAUGUGGCAGGGUGGGAGGGAAACUGGCGGUGGGCAAUGCAGAAAAACUGUCAUGUGAAAUUGUUUAAACUAAAUUACAAUCCAAAUUUAAUCUAAUCUUUCUAUUGCUGUUGAAGGCCUAUGUAUCCUACGUGAUGUAUUGAUGGCAUACUAUAGGUAAAAGCUUUGAAUUGUUGACUAAACAUACUUUAGUUCCAGUGUGAACUAAGGUCAAACUUCAAGUUCAAUUAAUUGACAUUAACAAUGCCACGAUUUUACUGUAAUGUUUAUGAAUCACUAACAUUGUAAGUGAACCUUGGGACUUUGCUGAUAUAAUAUCAGAAUGUUUCCAAAGUUGAAGUCUGUAGAGAGAAUGUCUCUGUAGAAAUGAUGUGAAAUACCUGCAUUUUAGGAGAUAUUGGUGCUUAUCAUGUAAUAUUAACAGGAAGUAAUGGUAUUUAUAAAUACAAGCCAUCUCUGUGAAGGGACCUUGUUGUAUGAGAGAUUUUUCAGCCUAGAAUUAUGUUGACUGUGAGUUUCAGAAGGAAAGUUGUGUUAUGAAUGUGAUUCUCACUCAGAAAAAUUGCAAACUGUAUAUGAAUUGUGCGUUUAUAAAUUAUUUGAUAUUUUUGUACCUUUAUCUUUAAGUGUAUUUCAGUGACAAAAAUAAACAAGAUUUCAUGAGGAA